GCAUUAGUUCCCGCUAAUCAGCCCGCACAUUAAACCCCAGCUAAUAACCCUUGAGCUCAAUGCCAGCGCUCUAUUCUAUAUAAACCGUGCCUCUUGUUCCCAUCUAUUCCAUCCCAUCCUGUGAGUAGCCGUACGUAUAGCAAGCUGCGAGCGGGCGUGGUUCAGCUUCGGGUGAAGGGGAUGGCGCUGUCGUCUCGCCGCAUGGCCGCCGCUCCCUUCCUCGUCCUUGUGCUCCUCCUCGUCGCCACAGAGCUGGGGACGACUCCGGUGGCGGAGGCGAGGCACUGCCUGUCGCAGAGCCACCGGUUCAAAGGCCUGUGCAUGAGCAGCACCAACUGCGCCAACGUGUGCCAGACCGAGAACUUCCCCGGCGGCGAGUGCAAGGCCGAGGGCGCCACGCGCAAGUGCUUCUGCAAGAAGAUCUGCUAGCUAGUGCUAGCCUUGGCGGACAGGGGCAGGUCCGGUCGUCGGCAUGCAAUUCAAAGCUAGCCGACGGCGGCGACCACUGUUGUCAGUCGUUGGUCCGCUCCCAGCGUUGCUGUUUUUGUUUACUACCGUUGUUUCUCUUCCUGCUGUGCUGCGCUGUUACGUUGUAGCACGCGCGUCGCUGUGUUCGGCCUGUUGCUUCCUUUCGAUCUGUUCCCGCGAAUAAACUCCGGGCCAUGCAUGUCCCGGGAUAUGAUAAUUGCCUGCGCGUGCCGAAUGGCAUCGAUCUAUCUCAAUUCUCAAUGCAGGUGGUAGUCAUCCAGACGAUGCUGCUGUAUGUCAGAGUAUGUCACCGGCCUGUAAGGUCAUGGUUUCUCAAAAUGGGUGUAAUGCAACUGUUGGUUCUUCCAA